AUGGCAAUGAACUUGUAUACCCUGAAAAAUUUAAAAUCUCAUUACAAUCAAACUCUGCUUUUUACUCUUUUACACUCCAUGCCAUUCUCUCGGGCCCUGAUCGCCACCCGAAUCCAGCAACUUGACGGCUAUGGGCUGGGCCAUCAUCCCGGGCCUGCACUUAUCAUCUGCAAAACCUUUGUAGACCGGCCCAAAACCCCCCUCGCCAAGAAAAUUGCAGGACGAGAAUUCGUUGGUCAUGAGCUUGAGCUCGAGGAGUGUGAAGAUGUGAAGACUCGACGCCAGCUUGGAAUUGGACAAAUCGCUCGCGCAAAAAGCUGA